CCAAUAGCCCCUGCCUGAGCCAUGGAGAAGGAGCUGUUGGAUUUAAGCCUCACAUGGCCCUCUGGGUUACAAGGACUUUUGCAAGCAACAUUCUGCCCAGCAGACUCCGCAGCAGCCGACCAGACAGGACCAUGGCUUCAAUGCCGUCCUCGGGGGGCCCUAGCCUCGGGAUGACCUGCGUGUUCGUGCUGAUCUUUACAGCUCUCCUGCAGUCCCUCUGCAUGGCCGUGACUUACAUGUAUUUCAGCAACCAGCUGAAGCAGAUGCAGGACAAGUACUCCAAAAAUGGCAUUGCUUGUCUCUUAAAUGAAGAUGACAGCUCUUGGGACCCCAGUGAUGAAGAGAGUCUGAACAACGCCUGCUGGCAAGUAAAGUGGCAACUACGAAAGAUGAUUUUGAGAACCUAUGAGGAAACCAUUUCUACAGUUCCAGAAAAACAACACAUUGUUGCCAACCUACCAAGAGACCAAGUACCUCAGAGGGUAGCAGCUCACAUAACUGGGACCAGCCGAAAAAGAAGCCUAUUACCAACUCCAGGCUCCAAGACUGGAAAAGCUUUGGGCCAGAAAAUACACUCCUGGGAGUCAUCACGAAAAGGACAUUCAUUCUUGAAUAAUUUGCACCUGAGGAAUGGAGAGCUGGUUAUCCAACAAACAGGGCUUUAUUUCAUCUAUUCCCAAACAUACUUUCGCUUUCAGGAACCUGAGAACAUUUUGGAAACAGUUUCAAGAGAAGAGAACAGAAGGAAAAACAAACAAAUGGUACAAUAUAUUUACAAAGUCACAAGCUAUCCUGACCCAAUACUGCUGAUGAAAAGUGCUAGAAAUAGUUGUUGGUCUAAAGAUUCAGAAUAUGGACUCUAUUCUAUCUAUCAAGGUGGGAUGUUUGAGCUUAAAGAAAAUGACAAAAUUUUUGUAUCUGUAACUAAUGAGGCAAUGAUUGACAUGGACCAAGAAGCCAGUUUCUUCGGGGCCUUUUUAAUUGGCUAAAUGACCUGCAAAGAAAAAUACAGUACCCUCAAGGUGACUUUUCAA